UCACGCGCGGCUGCGAGGCGGGGGCGCGAUGCGCGCGCUGCUCCUCGGGCGGUGGCUCCGCGCCGGGCGCGUUCCCUCACGGGGCUGCCCGCGCACGGCCGGCCGGCACGGCGGGCACCGCGGGCACAGCGAGCACUGCGGGCACAGCGAGCACCGCGGGCACGGCGGGCAGGGACCGCCCCGGCAGAAAGUGUCGGUGGAAGUGCUGGAGCACUUGGAGCACCUGGCCCUGGUGGAUUUCCGGGACUCGGAGGGCGUGGAGCGGCUGCAGAAAGCGAUCCAGUUUGCUGAUCAGCUUCAGCAAGUGAACACCGACGGCGUGGAACCCAUGGAUUCAGUGCUGGAGGACAGGUGUCUGUAUCUCAGAGAAGAUGAUGUGACAGAAGGCAACUGCACCAAAGAGCUGCUGGAAAAUGCCAGAGAGAAAGUAGAGGAGUAUUUUGUGGCUCCACCAGGUAACAUCCCUUUACCAAAGCUGGAAGAACGAGAGACUUUUCUGCAGGGCUCUCAGUGACAGCCCAGAGCCCAAAUGCCCUUUCAGUAUUUUAUCUGGGGAAAAUGGAAGUUUUGUGCAGUCACACCCUGGCAUGUAUUUUGGUCAGAAGAAGAGCAUUUGCAAGACAGAAGAAAGAAAGUGUAAAAGUUUAGCAGUGCUGCUGAAAUAUUCAAUGUCUCUGAAGCUGGGCAGCAGCAUGGCAGAUGACCUUGGUGGUUUUAUUUGGCAAAGUGAAUUUGCUGUCUGGAGGUGAGAGCAAACCCUUGUCCCACUCUUAAUUGUGCAAUUACCUCAUUAUUUGUUUAAGCAUCCAUAAUAUACUCACCUAGAUGCAUGAAACAGGUAAUUACUGUGACAUUUGAAUUUUUUCAAGGGUAUUGAAAUAAAGCCUGUAUUUAACACCACUAAUCCAA